AAAGAAGCUAACUGUUUUGUUCGGAUAUGGAGAUGUUACAGAUGCAUUCAAGUUCAAAUAAUUCCGAUCUUGCCGUGCUAGAUUCAGUUCGGGACUACUUACUCAGCGAGUCAUCCGACCUCGUUCCUCCCAUGUUUUGCCGGAGCUCAAGCUUUAGCCGUCUGUACCCUUGUUUCACUGAAACCUGGGGUGAUCUUCCUCUCAGAGAGGACGAUUCCGAAGAUAUGCUCCUUUUUGGACUUUUACGAGAUGCUCUGGCCGUCGGCUGGGCUCCGUCCGACAACUCUUCAACGAAUUUUGCGCCGAUUAAACCGGAACCUCAAGAGUUUUCAACGGAGAUCACAUCGGAGAAGAAGGUGGAUACGGCGGCGGAUACGACGAGUCCCACGGUGGUUCCUUCGAAAGGGAAGCAUUACAGAGGCGUCAGGCAAAGGCCGUGGGGGAAAUUCGCGGCUGAGAUUAGGGAUCCGGCUAAAAAUGGGGCUCGGGUUUGGUUAGGUACUUUCGAGACGGUUGAGGAUGCGGCUUUGGCUUAUGAUAAAGCGGCUUAUAGGAUGCGUGGAUCCAAAGCUUUGUUGAAUUUUCCGUGGAGGGUGAAUUCAGGGGAGCCUGGUCCGGUCCGAAUAACGUCGAAGAGGGCGUCGUCAGAGCCUUCUUCGUCUUCCGGAUCGGGAAAUGCCUCACCGAAAAGGAGGAGAAAGACGGCUUCAUCAGCUCCGUCUGUGGUUCAAGCUGGGUUAGAGAUGGGGCCUGUAGUGGAAAUCAAGUAUCAAGUUGGCUUCUGUACACAUGGCGAACAGCUAUUGGUUAGCUAAAGCUGAUGUGGCAAUUGAUUAACAUCAGCAGUGAGUUAAUGUACAUAAAGUACAUUACUUGAUCUAGGUUUGGAAUGUACCUUUAAGAGUUGAGAGAUUCGUUUGUG